AUGAUGAAGCAACUAACUAUAGCCCUUGAACUACAGCAACCUCAUAGAGCUCCAACUGGACAGCCAUUGCCAUCUCCAACUGAUGAAGAUUCGUCCUCAUCAGCUACAGCUAUUUCAAAAACCGCAACUGUUCUACAGGAUAUUCUGAUUGAAAGCUAUGAGAUGGACAAGAUCCAGCCACAUUAUAAGGCUACCUUGGUGAUAUAUCCACAAGAUGAAUUGGCGUCAGUGUCAAUUCCAUGUCAAGUUAUUCUUGGAUCUUUAAAGCACGUCAUUAUCCGAUCACCAAAUUUUGGGAACAAUUUGCUUCCAAGCUCUGUGGUUAAGCAGCUUAAAUUUGAGAUGUUUGAUGCAUAUAAUAAUCAUGUUAGCAAACGUUUGGAAGUUGAAUUGAACUUGGAUGGAUUUCGAUUUGAAGACCAAUUGGGCAUAAAGCGUAAGGUGGACAAUUAUAGAUGUGUUGACCUUAGUGGCCUCUUGAAAGUAAUAGCUGGUUAUGGAAAAAGUGUAUCAAUUUCUAUUUUAUUUGGUAAUGAAGUCAUUUUCUAUCAAGAGUUUCGAACUCAGAAAAGGGCACUGAGAAUUGUAUUCUGGAAUCAAGUGCCUGAAUGUUGUCUUGUUGGUUCUCAACUUGAAAAUAUAGUUUUGGGGGUUGUUGAUUCCAAGGGUGAUGUUGACGCAACUAUCCAUGAUAAUGAGAAAGGUGGCCAAUCCCAUACACUCAUGAUAAAGUCAAAAUCCAUUGGCAAAGAAGAUUCAAUUCGGUAUGCUUUCAGGCAUGGGCGCUACACUGUUCCUGCUAUUCCUCUUCCUCAGUGUGAGGGAUGCUUUUGCUUAGUAGCUGUGCAUUCUCGUUACACAGAGCUACAUCUAAGCAUAAAGAUUACAACAAAUUUUAUGUUGGUUCCUCUUUUGCAAAGUCCAAAAACGGACUCUAGUGAGAUACCCUCAUAUUCUGAUGGAAAGUUACUACUUCUCGAGGGCUCAACUCCCCUCAAACAUGUAGGAAACCUCGCGGUAUCCAUCAUAAAGACUGAGAAGGAGCUUCAGCAUUUGUUUGGACUGGAACCUGAGAAUGAAAUUUGUAAAUAUCGUUCGCGUAUCAAGAAUCAUGAAAUGGCAUUGAAAAUUGUUAAUGAUCAAACGGCAGAAGUUGAGCAAGUCUUUUCUCAAUUGCAAGCUUCAACUGAACCUCACAUUUUGACUGAUCCAUACUCCUUGCUUACAAAAGAGGAAAUAACAAGACGAAUUGAAAGCAGGGGUCAAUCUGUCGCUGCUGUUCUCUGUUGUGUUGGUAAAGAGUUUCCACUCCAAGAAUUAAGGACUGAUUUCAUUGAAGAUAUUGUCAGCGUUGUAGCACUUAUUGGAAGAGCUUGGACCGGCAAGCUUAGCAGGAUGUUAGCGGAGUGCUUGGGUGAAGAUCAAAUGCUUGCUUUGGUCUGUAGAUCCUUCAGAGCAGCAUGUGCUCUUGAGGAGUAUGAAAAAAGUGGAGAUGUUAAUUAUACACAUGGACUACAUGGAAAAGCAGCUGAACGUGGAAAGCCAUACACAGGGGAGUUGGAUGGCAGUGACCCUCAGAGGAGGCUGGCCUUGCCAGAACCUAUUUUACCAUAUGGGGACACGCCACCAGGUUUUAUGGGGUAUGCGGUUAAUAUGGUUGACCUAGAUGAACAUUAUGUUACACAAGGAACAGAUGCAGGUGAUGGUCUCAGGGAGACUUUGUUCUACCGACUCUUCGGUGAGCUUCAAGUUUACAGAACCCGUGAAGACAUGAUAGAGGCUCGUGCUUGUAUAAAGCAUGGUGCUAUAUCUCUAGAUGGCGGGAUUUUGAAAGAGAAUGGACUUAUCUGUCUUGGGCGUUGGAAUCCGACCAUAUGUUUUCCAGUUGUUGGGCAGGUGGAUAUGCUUCCAUCUCUAGAAAGUACAGAAAUAUUGAACCAAAUUGAAGAAAAGAAAUUGAAGUUAGGUAAGCUCAUGUGCUGAAAAGAGAAACAUAAUACAACUCUUGAGAAAGCUUUGAAGAAGUUUAAUAAGAAAAAAGAAAAGUACAAGGAACGUAAGUUUGAAAUCAGUCCAAAAUUGAGAGACUAUUACUUGGAAUAUGGAAAUCCAGAUGAAGAAUAGUUGAGAAAUCUCUCCUAGAUGAUCUAGUUCAUCCGUUUUACUGUUGUAUAGUCAGAAAAUGUAUAUAUGUUUGUGGAUAUCCAUAGUACCAUAGCAUAGGAGGGAAAAUUUACAACUGUGAAUGCCAUAGAACUGAUAGAUUAACUCAGAAGAAUUUAAGAGUUUAUGCCAUAGAAAUCAUAGAUCAACUCCAAUCCCUUUAAAGAGUUUAUGCCAUAGAAAUUAUAUAGAUUAUUUGGGCAUAAGUUAUAGACAAGGGAUGUAGAGCCUUUGAUUAAUUUCAAAUUAUAACAGUGUAAUGCUUUCGUUUUACUUAAAAAUUUGAGUGAUAUUGAAUUUAUGCAGUUGUUAGCU